AUGGUUUCCAUUGCUACGUCUGUUUCUCGAGAAAUGGUUUCCAUUGCUACGUCCGUUUCUCGAGAAAUGGUUUCCAUUGCUACGUCCGUUUCUCGAGAAAUGGUUUCCAUUGCUACGUCCGUUUCUCGAGAAAUGGUUUCCAUUGCUACGUGCGUUUCUCGAGAAAUGGUUUCCAUUGCUACGUGCGUUUCUCGAGAAAUGGUUUCCAUUGCUACGUGCGUUUCUCGAGAAAUGGUUUCCAUUGCUACGUGCGUUUCUCGAGAAAUGGUUUCCAUUGCUACGUCCGUUUCUCGAGAAAUGAUAGUUCUUGUUGACGGGUCAGCUUUUACUUCGAACUCCUGA